AUGACUAUGGGUUCAGGGGAGCGGAGCUUCAUGAUUGAACAGUUCACGCGCAUAAAGUCCCCAUCGUUUUUUGGAGGGGCUGACCCAGUAGUGGCUGAGAAUUGGGUCCGGGAUAUUGAAGACAUGUUAGCAGUGCUCCUUUGUAUUGAGGAAAAGAAAGUGCCCUUUGUUGUGUUCAAGUUAACUGGAGAGGCAAAAUGCUGGUGGAGCUCAGUGAGACUGUUAGAGGAGCAGAGACCUAAGCUUGUAGCAGUGACCUGGAGCCACUUCAGGGAGUUAUUUUUCAAGCGAUACUUCCCCGCUACCAUCAAAAAGGCAAAGGCGGUAGAGUUUUUGUAUUUGACUUGGGGGUAUAUGACGGUACAUCAAUAUGCAGUUAGAUUUAUUGAGUUGUCCCAGUUUGCCUCAUACUUAGUGCCAGACGAGGAGAAGAAGGCGAGGAAGUUUAAGGAGGGCCAGAACUAG